AUGGGUAUGGAAUUUGAUUCUGAAGAGGAUGCGAUUAAGUUCUAUGAAAGAUAUGGUCAGUGUUAUGGUUUUGGUGUAAGGAAAGACAAUAUCUAUCGUUCUGCUAACGGUUACAUUGUUACUCGUCAACUGGUAUGCAGCAAAGAGGGGGUGAGGCAUAGAAAAUACUUGCAGCAGAGGGACCGGGUUAGAGUUUCAAAGGGAAUUACCAGGGUGUCAUGUCCAGCUCGCUUCCGUGUUCGCUUUGAAAGCAACUCAGGUAAGUGGAAAGUUGCUUACUUUGUCAGGAAUCACAACCAUGUUCUGGCACCUGUGGAUAAAGUCCACUUGAUUUCUUCCUUUCGGCACCUCAAUGAUUCUGACAAGGCUCAGAUCAAUAGCCUUAAGCUACAUGGGGUGAAGACUUGCAACAUAAUGGGCUUGAUGCUGGGGCAGAAAGGUAGUCAUGAGGCAUUGGGUUUUACGAAGAAGGAUCUGUUCAAUCACAUUGAUAAGGAGAAGCGGAUAAGGGUAGGAAACGGAGAUGCAGUUGCUGCUUUGUCAUAUUUUCAGGCUAAGGCUGAGGGUGAUCCAAUGUUUUUCUCCAAGUAUACUAAAACUGAAGAUGAAAAUCUCAAAGACUUAUUUUGGAGUGAUGGAGUGAGCAGAGUGGAUUACCAUGCUUUUGGCGAUGUAAUUGCCUUUGACAGCACCUAUAAGAGGAACAAGUAUAAUAAGCCUCUUGUGAUUUUCUGUGGCUACAAUCAUCAUGGGCAGACAACAGUUUUUGCUUGUGCUUUGGUUACGGAUGAGUCGAUCGAGACUUAUAAGUGGGUUUUGGAGACAUUUGCUGAGUGUAUGUUUCAGAAGCACCCGAAAGGUGUUGUUACAGAUGGUGAUUUAGCAAUGAAAGAAGCAAUAAGUUGUGUCUUUCCUAAUGCCCGUCACAGGUUGUGUGGUUGGCAUAUUCAACAAAAAGCGCUACAGAAACUUAAGAAUUCAGACUUUUUGGAUGAUUUUAAAGUUCUGAUUUAUGGCAACUUCAAUCCGGAUAGAUUUGACCAUGUUUGGGCUAAGGUUAUGGAGAAGUAUGGAUUUGGUGAUGAUGAGUGGUUGACAAGAAUGUAUGGGAUGAAAGAAAUGUGGGCAACUGCAUUUAUGAGGGACAAAUUCUUUGCAGGCAUAAGAACCACGUCAAUGUGUGAAGGGAUCAGUUCAUUCAUCAAGAGCUAUGUUUAA